CGGCCCAAGAUUGCCCUAUAUCCCGUGGCCGUGGGCCGUGAUGUGAACCGCCAACUGUUCGCCACCAGGAGUGUUCCCUCUCCGCCGCCCUGCCAUCCCAGGGAUUUUUGUUCUCUCUUCCUGCGGCGGUGUUUCUGAAACCUAAUUAGAGUUACGUUCUGGAUUUUUUGUGGUUUGUUUGGAUUUUCAAGAAAGGGGAGAAAGAGAGGAUUGAAGAAUAUGAGGGAAAUUGUGACAAUCCAAGUUGGCAAUUUUGCAAAUUAUAUCGGUUCUCAUUUUUGGAACUUCCAGGAUGAGUUACUUGGAUUGGUUGAGGAACCCCAUGGAGAUCCUAUUUUCAAGAAUUCAUCCUUGGAUAUGGAUGUGCUUUAUCGUGCUGGUGAAACACAACAGGCUCUGUUUAUGUAGCCUAGCUGUAGGCUGUUGGGAACUACAUGAUGGAGGGUCUUCUUACAUACAGCCCGCGUUUGAUAUCAGUUGGUUUUCAAGGAUCUCUUGGUUCUCUAAGUUCAUCAGGUUCGUUAUUUGACAACAUUUCAACAUAUGAUCCCACAGAUAUUGUUACAUGGACUGGCAAUGUCUCCAGAUGCGCAGCAGAACCUCACAAAAAGAAUUUAUUUUUGCAAAGCUUAUGUGAAGAAGACCAGCAGAAAUCAGCUCUUUAUGCAAAUGAUCCUGACAAAGAGAAGACCAGUCCUCAGAAACAAAUUCAGGAUAAGGAUCUGGUUGAGUGCCUAGAAAGUGGGGUUCAAUUUUGGACAGACUUUUCUAAAGUUCAGUAUCAUCCUAGGAGCCUCUAUGAAUUGCAUGGUUCAUGGACUGAUGUCCAGAAACUUGACAACUAUGGAAUUGGAAAGGAUGUUCUUUCAGAAGGGCUGCAAAUAGAAGAGAUGAAUGAGAGGCUUCGAUUCUUUGUUGAAGAAUGUGACCAUGUUCAGGGAAUUCAAUUCAUUGUUGAUGAUUCAGGAGGUUUUUCCAGUGUGGCUGCAGAAUAUUUGGAGAAUAUUGCAGAUGAAUAUACAAAUACACCAGUAUUGCUUUAUGCUGCAAGAGAUCCUGGUGCUUAUGCAUUUCCUGUGAGCCAGAAGGAAUCUAUAACAAGAGUUCUUCAUGAUGCCGUCUCUUUUUCAAGGCUAUCUUCCUUCUGUAAACUGAUGGUACCAGUUGGAUUGCCUUCUCUAAGAAGUAAACUAUCCUCUGUACUUAAUGUGGAUGAUCAGAAGCUUUUCCACAGCAGUGCUGUUUAUGCUGCUUCCAUACACUCAAUAAGUAUUCCCCUUCGGAUGGAACUGCCUGGACCAACUGCAACCUCGGCAUAUGUUUCUGGUGCUGUUGAUGUUGGUGAGAUUGUACACAUUUUAGCAGGUCAAGAAAGGCAAAACAUGGUGACUAUUCUGGACACGGCCAUGCCAGCUCCAUCUUUGACAGAUGAACACAACCAAGGAUCCAUACACAGGAACUUGCACCCUUUGACCCCAGAAGUUGAAGAAGAUGAUGAUGAUUUGCAUGCAGUAGAAUCAUUGAUUAUCCAUGGAGCCCUUCAUUCAGGUGAUCAUCGGGCUUCCAUUUCACAAGUGAAGGAUGCAAUAAAUGCUUCAUACCUUGGUGGAUCUCAAAAGCCAAAGUUAGCAUAUCUCUCGAUAGCCCUUUGCCCACUUCCAAUACCGCUGCCUUUUCCAUCAAUUUUUGGAAGCUGUGUCGGCCGGCAUGGUGAGUUGUUGGGCAAUCAAAGUGAAGGGGCUCACUCAAGAGGAUCACUCGAAAUUGAUUCUAUCCCAAUGGCUGCAAGGCUACGGUCAAGUAAGGCUGUCAUGCCUCUCAUAGAGAGAAGGCUGGGGAACCUUCGCAAGCAUGGGACAGCAAGAGGAGCUCCAGGUGCUGAGCUGCUUCGAAGUUGGGGCUUUGGAAAAGAUGAGGUAGAAGACAUGGGGGAGUUCUUGUCUAGAUUGUUGAUGAGUCUGAAUUUACAAAUGACAUUGGAGCAAAGUCAGAGCAAGUCAGCAUCGGAGAUCCUAGCCCAUCUGGUCAUAUUGGAUUCCUCGGGAUCAGAGCAUUGUCUGCAGAGCUGGCACUCUAACCAAAUAUAUGAUUUAUAUUGUUAUGUUAUCCUGAUUAAUAGUUUUAUGGUUAUAUCUUUGUCAUUUUUGCUUGAACUGGGCUUGUGGAAUCACGAGUUAAAGAGUAUCAUAUGCUUGUGUACCGACGCAUUCAAGGGCUGAGACACUGGUAUCUCUCUUACAUUAUACUUGUUACAUUUGAGGAAUGACUUGUUCAACAUAUGUUUUGGUGAACAUCAAGUUUUUAGGCGAAUACCAAUAUGUCCUAUCUCCUGGAAAAGUAUGUUUUUUUGAUCAGCACAGAUGAAGUGGGAGAAACAAGAUUAGCUCUCUCUUUCUCAUCCUUCUUGAGGGGUCAAGUGGCAUUCUUCAGAAUGCAAGGAACUUGGCUGAGCACAAGCAAAAACUUAGCUUCCACAGACAGGAGCACCUUUUAUGCUGCGCACCAAUGGCAGAGCACUUGAGCUCGAGUCUCAGCGGUGAAUCUGACAAUGCAUUGCAUUAAGGAAGCAUUUUCCCCUUAGCGAGGCACUUCAAAUUAGCAAAUGCUGUAAUAGACAUGCUAUAAUGAACUGAGGUUGUUCAGCUUUGCAUAUAGUAUGAAGGCUCCAGUCAUGAUCAUUUUAGCAUCGCCUUGAACUUGAUGAGAGACUA